AUGAAUGAUUCCGAUAGCACCGUGCUCUUUGGCCUGUCCUACACGCAGGACAAGAAGUGGAAAGUGACGGUCGGCGGUCAGAGCCGGAGUUUUACAAAUGAUGACCCGACGUGGGAACCAGGCACAGUCUACCAAGUGAUCUUGCAGAUGAAUAAUGGCAAUGAGUUGUCUGUGCACGUUGACGGGGCCGAGAUCUACGCGAGCGAAGAUGAUGACGAAGAUGAUGAUGAUGGCAUCGCUUCUGAGGUGUCAGAGCUGUUAGAGCCGCACAGGAUCUCGCACCUCUACGUUGGCGGGGACGGGGCGGAGGGCACGAAGACCAGCCACCACGUGACGGUCUCCAGCGUCCUGCUGUACAACUGCGCACUGGGUGAGAGUGAAAUCACGCAGCUCAAAAACAGCAAAGUAACUCAUCCACGGCCGGCUGCUGCGGGGCCAGGCGCAGGGCCGGCUGCUGCCUACCUCGAGCCCGGCGAUGAUGCGCAGGACAUCGAUAAUGCUCCCGAGCAGGGGUCUGGGGAAAUGGGCGUUGGCGGUAUUCCAGCGGCUGGAGCCCUUCAAUCUGUGGCCUCGGGGGCUACUGACGGCCAGGAGGCCGGUGGGAAGGCAGACGCCGCAAAUCUCUCUUCUGUGGAGCCGGUGGUGGAGUCGUCGCCUUCCGCGCCCCCGUCCCCGGCAGAAGUAAAGGGACAAGAACCGGGCAGCAGCGACGAGGCGGUGGGGGCAGGCGGCGGGGCGCAGUCGCCGCAGCCACCGGAGGAGGCCAAACGUGAGGGCGGUGGUCACGGUGGUGGUGGCGCCGAACUGCCUCCUGGCGGCCGUGCCUCGCCCAGCGCGGCGGCGGGGGAGGAGGCUGGAGAAGAGGAAAGCCGCGAGGGUGCAUCGGCGUCUUCGCCGGCGCCAUCCGCAUCGAGUGUGGACCCUCCUGCUGCACCGGGCGGCAGUCAGACGCAUGCCGGUGAGCCUGCCACCGCCAGUGGGAGUCAAGCCGUUGACCCCGAAGAGAACAAUGCCGCUUCAGGCGCAGCGGUGAGCUCAGGCGGCAGCCCUGCUUUGACCGACGACGCCGAACCGCCUGCCGCGAAGGAGGCACCCGGCGCUUCUUCGCCUGCCACCGCUGAAAUGCCUCGUGGAGACAAUGAGGAAAUGUCGCAGGGCGUUGAGGACGCACCGGCUAAUAAAAACACGCCACCCGCACCUCCGGCUGCCCCUUCGACGCGCGACGCGGCGCCGCCCUUAAGCAACACCUCCGCUGCCUUCAAGAACAUGACAGAAUUGAGGCUCAGCGAGGGAGCCAGCGACGGCGUUCUGCGUGGGUGUGUGCCUCGGCUGCUGCUGCUUGCCCUGCUGGGGCUGUGGGGCACGACGGCUCUCUGCUGA